CUUCACAAACGCGCAGACUCGAAUGCAAUCGAUGAACACAUCCGUCAUCCUCCGCCAUUUGCGAAAGAAAGGCCGAUCGCUGCUCUGCAGCGCGAGUGUCAUCGGGUUGACUAUGUCGAGUGUUUAAAAAAAAUUGUUAUUUUCGAAAAAACUUGUGAACUCAGUGCUGUCAUUUAAACAGUUAAAAUGAUUGUGAGAUUUUUGAGCAUUCUGUGCUUUGGAGUUUUGGUGGCUUCGGCACACAACGGCGAGGGAAACAACGACAAUGAAGACAUUCCAUAUUUAGAGCUGGCUGAACCAGACGAAGGCUACCAUGGGCUGAUCCGCGAAAACGAGACGUUAGUGGAGGUGACGCCUGCCAUUCGCGCCCGGGGUCCUCUCUGCUCGUUCCUCAUCUUGAACAACAAACACCAUGGCGAAGCGCCAUUUGAGAUAAUGGUGAUUGACGAAAACGAGGCGCGUCUGCGCGUGCGCUACCCGCUCAACUGCGAGAAGCGACGCAACUACAAGUUCGACAUCGCCGCCGUGGGCUGCGACGGUUCCUACUCUAACACUGUACCAGUCCACAUAACAGUGACGGACGUAAACGAAUUUGCGCCCGUCUUCAGCCAAGCGGCGUACGUACGCUCCGUGGACGAAGGCAAGCUGUACGACGAGGUUGUUCGCGUGGAGGCGACGGACCGCGACUGCACUCCGAGAUACGGCGACGUCUGCAAAUACGAGAUUCUGAACGACGGGGACCGGAGCCAGCCCUUUACGAUCGAUAACGAGGGUGUGAUCCGCAACACAGAGCCGCUCGAAUACGACAAAUCACACAACCACAUACUGUCGGUGACAGCGUACGACUGCGGCAUGAUGCAGUCCGCGCCCGUGAUGGUCACCAUCAAGGUCAACAAACCUUGCCGCGCUGGUUGGAAGGGUCUCGCGGAACGCGUCGACUACGCCCCCGGCACCGGCCCCCUGGCCCUCUUCCCCGCAGCGAGACUAGAGGCCUGCUCCAGUGAUGAAAGAUGCCCCGGAGUCACGCGUAUCCAGGCUGCUGUGACCCUGCAGGCUUCUCGCGCUGGAGUCGCGUGUGACCGCGACACUUACACCUUGCACUCACAACGGACUAUAUGCGGUUUGGACUCGAAGACAGUCGACCUGCUCCCGAGCCCCGGCGUGGGUAACGAAUGGGCCAAGUCUCUGAAACCGGAUUCAGGGCGAGACGGCGAGCAAAUGUUCGAAUUCGACGGCGAAUCGACAUCAGCAAUCGUACCAGAGUCGAUCCUGAAGCAUUCUCUCGGAAGCACCUUCUCGGUGUCGACGUGGAUGCGCCACGCCCCGCCCCCCGACCACGACAAGCACCGGAAGGAGCACGUGCUUUGCUUAGCCGAUGAUCACAAAAUGAACCGACACCACUACGCGUUAUUCGUACGGAACUGCCGCCUGAUCCUUCUCCUGCGGAGGGACUUCGGAGAGGGAGAUCUGAACAUCUUCAGACCCGCUGAAUGGCGCUGGAAGCUGCCCGAGGUAUGCGACAACGAGUGGCACCACUACGCCGUGAACGUGCGCUUCCCGAACGUGGAACUGUUCGUGGACGGCGAGCCCUACCGCUCGCCCGACGGCAAGGGCCCGGAGGUGAUCGACGACUGGCCCCUGCACCCGGCGCACGGCGUCAACACCACCCUGGUCGUCGGGGCCUGCUGGCAGGGCACGGAGAGCGACAUGAAGCACCACCUGCGCGGCUGGCUGGCGGGGCUCGGCGUGCGCGCGGGCGGCGCGCAGGCGGCGCCGGCGCUGCGCUGCGCCGCGCGCUGCCGCGAGGGGCUGUCGCUGGCGCCCGACCUGUACCUGCGCGCCGUGGCCGUGGAGGGCGACGGCGCGGCCGAGGUGGAGACGCUGGUGCGCCGCGUGGCCUACGGGGACGCGCGCGCCUUCCCCACGCCCGGCCGCCGCAACGUGCACCUCGCCACCACCAUCACCUGCGACAACGGCCGCGUGAUCAAGGCUCGUCCGGCGGAGUCCUACGUGAUGGUGCUGGCCCCCCAGACGCCCACGAUCCUGCUGAACGGUAGCUCGGACGCCGCUCGCGACUACGCCCACUUCCGGGCCGGUCUUCCCGUCUUCCCGGAUCUGAGGGUGCAGGUCCUCGCCAGGUCCGGAGAUAACGUUAGAGAAGCGGAGAGCCAGAAGUUGGACUCGUGCGUGGUGUCGGUGUACCCGGCGCUGAACCCCGACCACGAGUCGCUGUCGCUGCGCGGCGCCGCCCCCGACGCGCCCCCCGUGGGGGACGUGCGCGCCACCCUCACCAGGGACGGCGUCAGCCUGUCCGGCGCCGACUCCGUGCACAACUACCAGCAGAUUCUCCGUGAGAUCGAGUACAGCAACAAGAAGCCCGCCUACUAUCUCAACCGCGUCUUCAAGCUGACCUGCUCCGAGCUCAACGGACGAUUCACCAGCAACGAAUACGUGCAGACCUUGACCGUCGUCCACCCGCGCGCGGCCGGCGAUGCGCACGCGCAGCGACCGUCCGGCCUGGCGGACAAGCUGGACGUCGCGAGGGACAAGGCGGCCGAGGCGGCCGAGGCGGCGGCCGAGCUGGCGCCGCGCGCCUUCGCCGCGCACGCGCUGCGCUCGGCGCACGCGGCCGAGCUGCCCGCCGCGCGCCUGCUCGACCUGCGCCCGCGGGACCGCGCCUCCAACAACGUGGCCGUGCUGAUGGGCGCCGUGUGCGUGGGCGCCGUGGUGGUGCUGGCGGCGCUGGGCGUGGCGCGCGCGAGGGCCCGGCCGGGCCGCGCGGCGCGCCCGCGGGCCCCCCGCGCGCCGCACGACGGCGAGAUGGCGUGGGACGACUCAGCGCUCACCAUCACCGUGAACCCCAUGGAGGAGACGCCGGCGCGCGCGGCGGGCCCGGCGCCGGCCGACAGCUCGGACGGCGAGUCCUGCUCCGAGUCCGACUCCGAACACAACGACUCCUCGGACGAGGACGAAGAAGUGGUGGCGGGCAAGCAGCACAAGUACAGGAACAUCAGCCAGCUGGAGUGGGAUAACAGCACGAUGUAAUGCGCCCGCCGAUCGCACUCCCCCCCUCCCUCUCGCCCGCGCACGCUCUCGCUCGCACCCGCACCCGCACCCGACCGCCGGCCCGGCCGCC